AUGGGUCGCGCAUUAUACUUAGAUGCUCAAGCAACUACACCUUUGGAUCCAAGAGUCCUUGAUGCAAUGAUGCCCUACUUACUUUCAUAUUACGGAAAUCCUCAUUCUCGAACUCAUCCGUAUGGUUGGGAAAGUGAAGAAGCAGUGGAAAUUGCUCGUCAGAAAGUUGCCGCUCUUAUUGGAGCUGACCCUCGCGAUAUCAUUCUUACAAGUGGCGCUACUGAAUCAAACAAUGUUGCUAUCAAAGGAGUAGGCAGAUUUUAUAAAAGUAAAAAGAAGCAUGUCAUUACUACUCAAACGGAGCAUAAAUGUGUUUUGGACUCUUGUCGUGCUCUGGAGCACGAAGGUUUCGAUGUUACUUAUUUACCAGUACAACAAAAUGGCAUCAUAGAUCUUGAGAAAUUUCGCGAUGCGAUUCGCCCUGACACUGGCUUAGUCUCGAUUAUGGCUGUAAAUAAUGAAAUUGGUAUCACUCAACCCGUUGAAGAAAUUGGCAAGAAUUUGUUAGUUUGGUCUAUCUGUAGAUCCAAUAAGAUCUUUUUUCACACCGAUGCUGCUCAGGCCGUUGGAAAGAUCCCUAUCGAUGUUAAUAAGAUGAAGAUUGAUCUUAUGUCUAUCAGUGGUCAUAAAUUAUAUGGUCCGAAAGGGAUCGGUGCCCUGUAUGUGCGUCGUCGCCCUCGUGUAAGAGUUGAAGCUCUUCAAAGUGGUGGAGGACAAGAAAGAGGUAUUCGAAGUGGAACCGUUCCUACACCUUUAGUGGUAGGUUUGGGAACUGCUUGUGAUAUUGCUCAAGAAGAAAUGGAAUACGACCAUAAGCGUAUCAGUUCUUUAUCGAAACGCCUAGUUGAUGGGAUAACAUCACAACUAGAUUUCGUAAUCAGAAAUGGAGAGCCGGAAUAUUCAUUUCCAGGCUGUGUAAAUCUAUCUUUCGCUUACGUAGAAGGAGAAAGCUUAUUAAUGGCUAUGAAGGACAUAGCAUUAUCGUCAGGGAGCGCCUGUACAUCAGCUUCUUUGGAGCCGUCUUACGUUUUAAGAGCUAUUGGCGCCGAUGAAGAUUUAGCUCACUCUUCAAUCCGAUUUGGUAUUGGAAGAUUUACAACGGAAGCAGAGGUUGAUUACACAGUUGAUAAAUGUGUUAGAUGUGUCAGGAAUCUACGAGAGAUGAGCCCAUUAUAUGAAAUGGUUCAGGAUGGUAUUGAUUUGAAAACAAUUCAAUGGUCACAACAUUAA